AUGUAUGUCAACACUUCCAAGCUUGCUACUGUGGCUCUUGCCACCAUCCUCUCUGCCAACUCCGUCCUCAGUGCACCAAUUGCUGGUCGCUCUUCCAACUUGUUGACCCGUGACCCCCGUGGCUCCCACGGCUCGACCUCCCACAAGGUCUCUGACGUUACUGGCGCCAUCUCUGACGGUACUGGUGCGAUCGCCGAUGCCAUGACCCUCCAGGAGUAUCUGAACCAGAAGCGCAGCCCUCGCGGCCACCACUCUGGCUCUGGCAGUUCCACUGGUGAACGGGUCUCGACUUGGACCGGUGCUUUGGGCGACAUCACUGGCAUGGGCGCUGAUGCUGCCACUAUUGCUGAGGCCGCCAACAACCAAAAGCGUUCCCCUCGCGGCCACCACCACUCUAGCUCGAGCUCUUCCACCGGUGAACGGGUCUCAACUUGGACCGGUGCUUUGGGCGACAUCACCGGUAUGGGAGCCGAUGCCGCUACUAUCGCUGAGGCCGCCAACAACCAAAAGCGUUCGCCCAAGGGCCAUGGCUCUAGUCACGGUGGAUCUAGCUCUUCUGAUAAGGCCCUUAAUGGCCUUGACGCCGCUGGUAACAUCGUUGGUAUCGGUGCUGACGCUGCGACCAUCGCCGAGGCCGCCAACAACCAGAAGCGUUCACCCAAGGGCCAUGGUUCUAGCCAUGGCGGUUCUUCUUCCUCUUCCAGCGACAAGGCUCUGAAUGGCCUUGAUGCCGCCGGUAACAUCGUUGGCAUCGGUGCUGACGCUACGACCAUUGCCGAGGCCGCCAACAACCAGAAGCGUUCGCCCAAGGGUCAUGGCUCUAGCCACGGUGGAUCUAGCUCUUCUGAUAAGGCCCUGAAUGGCCUUGACGCCGCCGGUAACAUCGUCGGCAUCGGUGCUGACGCUGCGACUAUCGCUGAAGCCGCCAAUCAGAAGCGUGCCCCCAAGGGUCACAGAUCUAGCUCUAGCGGCAAGGCCCUCGAUGGACUCGAUGCCACCUCCAACAUUGUCGGCAUUGGUGCUGAUAUCACCACUAUUGCUGACGCCGCUAACCAGAAGCGCGCCCCCAAGGGCCACGGUGGCUCUUCUUCCUCUUCUAGCGACAAGGCUCUGAAUGGUCUUGACGCCGCUGGUAACAUCGUUGGUAUCGGCGCUGAUGCUGCGACUAUCGCUGAGGCUGCCAAUCAGAAACGUUCUCCCAAAGGUCACGGUGGUUCCUCUUCUUCAUCCAGCGAUAAGGCCUUGAACGGUCUCGAUGCUACCUCCAACAUUGUCGGCAUUGGUGCUGAUAUCACCACUAUUGCUGACGCCGCCAACCAGAAGCGCGCCCCCAAGGGCCAUGGCCGUCCCAGCUCUUCCAGCUCUUCUGACAAGGCCCUGAACGGUCUCGAUGCCGCUGGCAACCUCGUCGGCAUCGGUGCUGACGCUGCGACCAUCGCCGAAGCCGCCAACCAGAAGCGUUCGCCCAAGGGCCACGGCUCUAGCCACGGUGGAUCUAGCUCUUCUGACAAGGCCCUGAAUGGCCUCGAUGCCGCCGGUAACAUCGUUGGUAUCGGUGCUGACGCUGCGACUAUUGCCGAAGCUGCCAACAACCAGAAGCGUGCCCCCAAGGGUCACGGUGGCUCUAGCUCUAGCGGCAAGGCCCUCAAUGGACUCGAUGCUACCUCCAACAUUGUUGGCAUUGGUGCCGAUCUCACCACAAUCGCGGACGCCGCCAGCCAGUAG